GUUGUCUAAUCUCCAGCACUAAACAGCAAUACUGCUUGCAAUGGAGAGCGCAGAGAGGCGAGAAGGGGAAAUGUUGCUCUAUGGGGAACCAGAAGAUGACAUUGUCAGUCCCACUGACCUUUCAGAGCUGCUGAAGGAGGGGACUAAGGAAUCCCAUGACCAUGCGGAGAACACCCAGUUUGUCAAAGACUUUCUGAAAGGACGGAUCAAGGAGGAGCUCUUCAAGCUGGCCACUGUGGCACUUUACUUCACGUACUCUGCUCUGGAAGAGGAAAUGGAUCGCAAUGAGGACAACCCGGUCUUUGCUCCUCUGUACUUCCCCCUAGAGCUUCACCGGAAAGAAGCGUUGAUCAAAGACCUGCAAUAUUUCUAUGGAGAAGACUGGAAAGAGAAGAUCCAGUGUUCAGAGGCAACUCAGCUAUAUGUGGACAGAAUCCAUCAUGUGGGACAGAAUGAGCCAGAGUUGCUAGUGGCUCAUGCUUACACACGUUAUAUGGGGGACCUCUCGGGUGGCCAAGUGCUGAAGAAGGUAGCCCAGAGAGCCCUCAAGUUGCCCAGUACUGAGGAAGGGAUCCAGUUCUAUGUGUUUGGUAACAUCUCCAAUGUGCAGCAGUUCAAGCAGCUCUACAGGGCAAGGAUGAACGCUUUGGACUUCGACAAGAACACCAAAGAAAGGAUUGUGGAAGAAGCCAACAGAGCCUUCAGAUUUAACAUGCAGGUAUGAAAUCCCUUGAGCCCCUCUGUGCUGC